CUGCACAUUGCCCGGGCGGCGCCAUGGCGGGGGGCGGCUGGCUGUGCGGCUCCGCCGGGCUCCGGGACUGGAACCAGACAUGGUUUAUAGAUCUCCUGCACUUUCCCCAGUGCUUUCAAGAUACGGUCCUUGCCUGGAUCCCCUGUGCCUAUCUUUGGAUCGUUUUUCCAUUCUAUUACCUAUAUCUGAAGCACCACAAGAAAGGAUACAUCAGGAUGUCGCACCUCUUCAAAGCUAAAAUGGUGCUUGGAUUCAUAUUGAUGUUACUGUGUUUUUCUGAUCUAUUCUUCACCUUAUGGGAAAUAAACCAAGGAACACUGCGGCCUCCAGCCUUCUUCAUUAGUCCAGCAGUGCUGGGGAUCACAAUGAUGCUUGCAGUGUUUCUUACCCAGCUUGAAAGACAGAAGGGUGUCCAGUCAUCAGGCAUCUUGUUGAUUUAUUGGCUGCUGUCAUUCCUGUCUAGUAUUGUGACUGUUAAUUUGAAAAUUCAACAUGCCGUGAAAUUGGGCUUCCUGGAGGACCCCUUCCAUCAUAUCACUUCUUACAUCUAUUCUACCUUGGUGCUAGUAGAAUUGGUGAUCUCCUUCUUUACAGAUCAGCCUCCCUUCUUCUCCAAAAUUGUCAGUGAUUCCAAUCCAUGUCCAGAAGCCAGUGCCUCGUUUGUUUCCAGAAUCACUUACUGGUGGUUCUCUGGGCUACUCUGGAAAGGCUAUCGGCAGCCAUUAGAAGCGAAAGACCUUUGGUCGCUAAUGAAAGAAAACUCAUCUGAGGAAAUUGUCUCCCAGCUUGAAAAAGAAUGGAAGAUGUAUUGUGACAGAAACAGGCAAAAAGCAGGGUCAAUUAAAUUUGAAAAGGAUCAGCAAAGGGAGGCUGAUACAACAGAAGCCGGAGAGAAGCAGGUUCUGUUACAGCCAGAAGACUGUCAGAGCAAGUCCUUGCUGAAAGCAUUAUGGAGCAUGUUCGGAACCUAUUUCCUUUUUGGUACCCUCAGCUUGGUCAUUUGUGAUGUCUUCUUGUUCUCAGUCCCAAAGAUAUUCAGCUUUUUUCUGGAGUUCAUGAAAGACCAAGAAUCCCCUAGCUGGAAGGGUUAUUUCUAUGCAGGAUUAAUGUUCUUCUUAGCUUGCCUCCAGACUCUGUUUGAACAACGGUACAUGUAUACAUGUCUUGUAAUAGGAGUAAGGCUGAAGACUGCAGUUACAGGCCUGGUGUACAGAAAGAUCUUAGUCAUGUCAAAUGCAGCAAGGAAAGCAACAACAGUAGGAGAAAUUGUCAAUCUGGUGUCUGUUGAUGUCCAAAAGUUAAUGGAUCUCAUCAUCUAUUUUAAUGGGAUCUGGCUUGCUCCCAUUCGGAUUAUCAUCUGCUUUGUCUUCCUGUGGCAGCUCCUGGGACCAUCUGCCUUGACUGCAGUUGCUGUAUUUUUUCUUCUUUUGCCUCUGAAUUUUGCGAUUACCAAGAAAAGGAGCCAGUUUCAGGAGGAGCAGAUGCAGCAUAAGGAUGACAGAGCAAAACUCACCAAUGCUAUUCUCAGCGACAUGAAAGUCAUCAAACUGUAUGCCUGGGAGAAAGCCUUUAUGGAGAAAGUGCUUGGUAUCCGGAAGCAAGAACUACAAGCCUUAAAAAGGUCUCAGCUUCUGUUUGCGGUGUCUCUGUCUUCCUUCUACUCAUCUACUUUCCUGAUUGCACUGGUCAUGUUUGCAGUCUACACCUUGGUGGACGAGACCCAUGUCCUUGAUGCCCAGAAAGCUUUUGUGUCCUUGACGCUGAUCAACAUUCUCAACACUGCCCACUCCUUCCUGCCAUUUUCCAUCAAUGCUCUUGUGCAGGCCAAGGUUUCCUUAAACCGUUUAGCUGCAUUUCUUAGCUUGGAAGAGCUGGAUUCAGACAACACGAACACAGAUCUGUUGGAUAGCUUCAAGAAAUGUAUCAUCAUAAGGAAUGGAACUUUCCACUGGAGCAAAGAACAUUUUCCUUGCCUGAAAAGGAUAAAUUUAUCUGUGCUGGAAGGCAGCCUGCUUGCUGUGGUGGGCCAGGUGGGAGCUGGAAAGUCUUCUCUGCUGUCAGCAUUACUUGGGGAGCUGCAGAAGUUGGAAGGCCACGUAUUUGUGAAGGGCACAGUGGCCUAUGUCCCCCAGCAAGCUUGGAUACAGAAUGCUUCAGUGGAAGACAAUAUCCUGUUUGGAAAAGAGAUGGAUGACAGUUGGUAUAACCGAGUGAUACAUGCUUGUGCGCUGCACCCAGACCUGGAAACCUUCCCUGCAGGAAGCAAAAGUGAAAUAGGAGAAAAGGGGAUAAAUAUAUCUGGAGGGCAGAAACAGAGGGUGGGGCUCGCUCGAGCAGUGUACCAGAAGGCAGCUCUUUACCUACUGGAUGACCCUCUUUCAGCUGUGGAUGCCCAGGUUGGACAGCAUAUUUUUGAGCAGGUCAUUGGACCUAAUGGCUUACUGAAGGAGAAGACUCGAAUUCUGGUGACUCACACAAUCAGCAUCUUGCCCCAUGUCGACAAUAUUGCUGUGCUGGUGGAUGGCGAGAUCUCAGAAAUGGGUUGCUACCAAGAACUGUUACAGAAAAAUGGGGCUUUUGCUGACUUCCUUUAUUCAUACAGCAGCGCAGAAGAGGAAGAGGGCUAUGAUUUACCAGCUGCAGGAAAUGCUGACAAUGCCGUCGUUCCCAGAAAUGCUACACACCCAGAAGAACCCUUCAGUGACGGGUCACUCAAGGCUUCUACAGAGAGAAGCAACUACAGAGCCAUAAGACAAGACCGUGCACCUACUGCAGCUUCCAAAGAUGUGGGAAGACUAAUCGAAGGGGAGAAAACUCAGCAUGGCAGGGUUAAUACUUCCAUUUAUUUGGACUAUCUGAGGGCAAUGGGCUCCCCGAUCUGUUUGUACAUCAUCCUGUUGUUUACAUGUCAGCAAACUGCGUCGUUUUGUCGCGGUUACUGGCUCAGCAAGUGGGCAGACGACCCUGUUAACAAUGGAACGCAAAAGCACACAGAGCUGCGAGUUGGAGUGUUUGGUGUUCUUGGAGUCGUUCAAGCCAUUGGCAAGUUUGGGUCCACAGCAGCUGUCCUGCUAGGAGGGGUGAUAGCAUCCCGCAAACUCUUUCGGCAGUUACUGGAAAACAUUGCUAGAUCCCCAAUGAUGUUCUUUGAGCAGACAUCCAUUGGAAACUUGCUGAACCGCUUCUCCAAAGAAAUGGAUGCUAUUGAUUCUAUUAUCCCAGAUAAGCUUAAGUCCUUGCUGGGGUUCUUGUUCAACUUGUUGGAGAUCUACAUUGUGAUUGUAUUGGCCACGCCAAUAGCGGUGGUGGCAAUCGUGCCAUUGACAGUGCUGUAUGCUGUGUUCCAGAAUUUCUACGUUGCCACCUCCUGCCAGCUGAGGCGUCUGGAGGCUGCUAGCCGCUCGCCCAUUUACUCCCACAUUUCAGAGACAUUCCAAGGAAGCGGUGUGAUUCGUGCUUACAAGGAGCAACAGAGGUUUAUUUCCAAGAACGAUUUCCGAGUGGAUGAGAACCAGAGAAUGUGCUUCCCUGGGGUGGUUGCCGACAGGUGGCUGGCUGCAAACCUGGAGUUUCUAGGCAACGGCAUUGUAUUGUUUGCAGCCCUUUUUGCUGUGAUCAACAAAAAACAACUUAGCCCAGGGAUUGCUGCCUUUUCCAUUUCAUAUGCUCUUCAGAUAACUGGCAUUUUGAACUGGAUGGUGCGCUCCUGGACAGAAAUAGAAAACAAUGUUGUUUCGGUGGAGAGAGUGAGAGAGUAUUCAACAACUCCUAAAGAGGCCCCCUGGACUCAGGAAGCCAAGUCUCAAAGUCAGGCUUGGCCCACUGAAGGAAGAAUUGAAUUUAGGAACUACAGUUUACAGUACAGGCCAAACUUAGAGUUAGCACUGAAGAAUAUCACAAUAACAAUAAGGGGGCAAGAGAAGAUUGGCAUAGCUGGAAGAACAGGAGCUGGGAAAUCAACUCUUGCAGUGGGACUACUGAGAUUAGUGGAAGCUGCUGAAGGAGAAAUCUCAAUUGAUGGAAUAAAUAUUGCUCACAUAGGUCUCCAUGACCUUAGAACCAAAAUAACAAUUAUUCCCCAGGAUCCAAUUUUGUUUUCUGGUUCUCUAAGAAUGAACCUCGAUCCCUUAAACACAUACUGUGAUGCAGACAUCUGGACAGCUUUGGAACUGACUCAGCUUAAGAACUUUGUACUGGAUCUGCCCGAUCAACUGAACUAUGAGUGCUCUGAACAAGGGGAAAACUUGAGCGUUGGUCAGAAGCAGCUUCUUUGUCUGGCCAGGGCACUGCUACGGAAAGCCAAAAUCUUGGUUCUAGAUGAGGCUACAGCAUCAGUGGAUGUAGAAAUGGACCUCCAUAUUCAAUCAAUGAUAAGGACUCAGUUCAAAGAGUGCACAGUGUUGACAAUAGCUCAUCGUGUGAACACCAUCCUGGACUGCAACAGGAUUUUAGUCUUGGAAAAUGGUCAGAUUGCCGAAUUUGAUACACCAGAGAAAUUAAUGGCUCAAAAGGGACUAUUCUACAGACUGGUUGAAGAAUCAGGCCUUGUUUGAUCAUCACCCAAAACAUGCAUCAUCAUACCACUGUUGUUGAAAAGAACUGAUCUAUUCUUAAAUCACCUAACUUUGGUUUGGUUGUAAAACAUCUGGUACUUAAUCAAAUCUCAUCUGCAUUUGAGCCACGAUGCACUAAAUACUUAAAGGGAAACUAUUUUACUGUACAUGAAAGAUACACACAUAUCCAGCUUUUUGUUUUCAGACCACUUUCCAUCAUUAUACUACUAGAUGAAACUAUGGUCACAAUUGAAUGUUAUUACCAAAUGUUUUGGCAUUCUCUCUGGGAAGGAAUGAACAGUUGUUGCACACACCACUUCCUUAUUGGCUUGGUUUUUCAAAAAUUAAAUACUAAUAAUUCAUUUAUGCCCAGUUAGUCAGAUGAGCCAAUUGGAAUUUAAACACCUGGCUGGGGUCAUCUGACCCCAGCACUCUUUCCUGCCCAAGGCAGGGGGUCGGACUCGAUGAUCUACUGAGGUCCCUUCCGGCCCUAAAACUCUAUGAAUUAUGGGGUUAGAAGAAGAAAUGCACGCUCGCGUGUUAUUGCUUUUGAAGCAAAAUAAUUGUUCUUUGCAUUUGACUCAGAUUGUAUUACAAGUAGUGGCAACUUCUUUGGGAGGGUCUUAGACAUUCCCGAGAGCGUCAAAGAAAUCAAACUGUUGUUCAAUUUAUAUGUUGCAAUGAGGUGCUGCUAACACGUUCUGUAAAAUAACUCAGAAUUUCAAGUAAGGUUUCAUUUGUACUGACUUUGGUACUUCCCACAGCUUAGAAUUUGCCAUGUUCAGUGGGUGCUGUCCUCCUACUUCAGGCAGAUGGAUAGUGCUGGAAAAGUAAAUUUUAUACAACGAGAUAGUUAGUAUGUGCUUGUGCAGAGCCCCAGGCUGAAAGAGUUCCUCUCCUUGGUUUAUUCCUAAAGAUUAAACAGCUACUAUCUAAUUGUGGGCAAAUCAUUUUUGUAUGCUUCUUUCCUCUUCCACAUUUUGUCUGGUCUAUUUAAAAUCAUAGGGUCCUCACGCCAGGGACUGAGCCUUGCUGCUAUGUACAGUGCACAGAAAAACCCCAGCCUUCAAUGCAGCUUGUAGACAUUAUUAUUUGUAUUUAAAAAAAACGGGACAGGAAACAAAGCACUGGGAUACUUAAAUGAAAUUUACUGUGACUGUUGUUAAGAUGCUGUAUUAUUCCAGUUUUAUCUCAGAUUCUCCAGCACAAAGAUAUCAGUAUGUCUGUUUCUUCAGGAAAUAAUAUUGGGAGGAAUAGGAGAAUGCAGAUUAGGAAGUGGCUCCUUCCAACUGAGGGAAAUAACAACCAGCAGCUUGCUGUCGUCACCUGAUGGCUGUUCAGUGGCUGACCUAGCACGUGUUUAAAUGACCUUAGUCUAGUUUCCAAAGGAUAAGUCACAGUCACAAAAUCUACCAUCUGCUACUCAUGCUUGGUGUUAACAGCAGGAAAUGUGCAAGCAAGGGCUUUCUCUUGCUGUUGUACAUGUUUGUGCCAAAAUAAAACACUUUAGGGCAGUGGUUUUCAACUGUUUCAGACUCCAGGCACUCCUCAUUAAACUUGUGGUACCCCCUGCCCCCAGAACUUCUGCAAAUUGAGCAGCACUCAAUUUAAAAUACUAGUUAGUUAAUUUAUUACAAAGCUCAUCUCCUUGCCAUGGGGGAGAGUGAGGGGGCAGGCAGGAAUGGAGAGCCUGAGCCUGUCCUCAUCUCCUCACGCUUCCUGCAGCACACUUCCAAGGAUCUCAGGUAUCCCAGGUUGAGAAUCACUGCUUUAGGUUACAGAGAGAUGACCUGUUUGCAACCCAGUAAGUCAGACAGAAGUGUGCUUUUAAAAACCAGAGAGAGAUUUCCAGGUCAUACAAUGAAGCAAAACAAAAAUACCAUUGGGUCCCAAGAUGUGUAAAGAGGUGUUGCAAAAGAGACUGAAUUCUCAGAAUUAUGUCCAUCACUUUGAUGAAUGCAGUAUUUUAGAUUAAUACAAGUCACCAACUUUAUGAUCUAGUUGAUAAUGGCUAAGUACAGACAUUCAAGAAACCCCUGGAGAAAAGUGCUCUCUCUCACUUUACUUAAAGCACUAAGUUAAAGCGUGAUAACACCAAACAGAUGUUUACUGCUUGGUAGGGGGAGGGAGGGAAGGGGGAGCCUGCCCACAUUAGUUGCUGCGGGCACUCCCAGGAGGCUGCUGAAAUAGUCCCCCUCCCCAACCCCAGCCCUCCUCCCUUGCCCCCUGGCAGCAGCUGGGGGAGAGGAAGACCCCAGGCCCCUUCCCCGUGGCCCCCCGCCGCCAUUUUGCAGUGUGGGGAUGCUGAAUAUACAUGAUGGGGAGGCUGCUGGAAUGUGCUAAUUAGCAUACUUCAGCAGACUCGAUUAAUUGAGUCUGCUCCUGUGUACGCUAAUUAACAUACAUCAAAGCAGAUGUCCAGCAUGUGUAUAGGUGCCCUUAGGAGUGCAAUCCACCAUUUUUCAAGUGCUCUAAGAGCCAUGAACAUCAGUUCAUUUAUAGCUUGAGAGAGCUUUCUGCAUGCUUAAUGCAUGAUGAUCUGUACCUAGCCAAUGCAACUAAAGCAGUGAUUCUCCACCAGAGUGCUGGGACAUCCCAGGGUGCCACCAGAUCCUUUGAUGGGUACCUUGGGGUAUGAGGAAAGGAUUAGAUAAGCUAAGUAGAUUAACACACACAGUCUUGUCCGGGCCUGAUCCCCAACCCAGACUGCCCCACCUCUCUACAAGAGAGUAAGCGCUGUAACACAAGUUAGUUGUUGAAACAGAAGUUCUGGAGGGGUGCCUCGAGUUCAAAAAAGUCUGAGAACCACUGGUCUAAAGAAACUAUCAUAAGCAUCAAUCAAAUGCCAAAACCCAUUUCCUGUAGAAAGUAAGAGUAAUUUGAAAUAGGUUCACUGGAAACCUGGAUCCAGCAGAGCAUACAAAGGGAUUUAUAAAUCACUGAUUUGUCACUCAUUUGAAAAUUUGAUUUUCAAACAAACAAACAAACAACAGGAAGGGAAGUUUAAAAGAAUGAGUCUCUGGUAAAAUAACAUCUAUUCCCUUUCCCUAAGACAGCAUUCAAACAAGGUUUUAUGUUGAGAAUUCUGUUUUGAUACGAGCUUUUGUAAGUUACUUUGAAGAAAUAUGAAAUGUUAAGAAAAAUGUUUAAUAAAAUGAUACAGAAUAAAUGAUAAUAUCAUAAGGCAA